AUGUCAAAGUAUGAAUCACAUAGUACACUUUUGUCUAGCGGAGAUAUAACAUUAACUGCUCCUUAUGCCAUUCCAUCAUCAAAUAAUUCCAAAUUAUUAUCAUUACUAUCUAAGAAUUCAAACUCUGUAGACCAAAAGUCGAAGAACGAUAAUACAGCUAAAGAUAUAGAUGAAAGAAAAUCAAACGACGAAAAUCAUCAAUAUCAAUUGAAUCUACAACUACCUACUCCAAAACAAUUUGAUGCUUCUGAUAUAAUUGAAAUAAAUAAUACAAAGAUCUUAACACAACAAUCAAAUCAAAAAAGUAUCACUAGUAAUAACGAUAAUAAUAAGGUCUCAAAAGAGUUGGUAACUGAAGUUAUUAAUGAAAAUGAUGAUCCAAAAUAUCUUAUAGAUAUAGAUUCAAUAAAUCCAACUAAUUUAAAAGAUCAAAUAUCAACAAUUAUUAUAAAUAAUUUCCCCAAUUUGAAAAACAAUGUGAUUGAAAAUAUUCUAUUAAAACUUUUAAACCCGUCAAAUGAUGAGUCCAAAAAAUUUGAAUGGUCAACGAUAAAUGGUUCUGAAUAUAUUGAUCAAAAAGUUGUAUUUUUAAGAUUUUCAAAAUUAGAAAAUUUAAAAUGGUUUAUUGAAAAUUAUGAAAAUGAUCUUAAUGAAAUCAUACCUAAAAUUGAAUUAAUAUAUAAUCCAAAAAUAAAGGAUACAUUAUCGACAAUAAAGGUUGAAGAUUUAAAUUCACAAUCAAUAAAAGAAAAAUUAAAAAAUCAAAUAAAAUUAAUAUGUUUUAGUUCAAAAAAUUUUGAAACAAAUUCUAAAACAAAAGGAGUUGAAGAUUUAGAUCAUAUAAUGAAAUCAUAUUCAAGUUAUACUGUAGAUAAUAACGAUUUAAUUGAUGUUCCCAAGGAAAUGAAAGAUAAAAUUGUAAAAGAUAUUAAAAUAUUUAGAUCCAAGAUGUUAAAUAUUGAAAAAUUAAAUAGACAAAAACAAAAUGAAAAAGAAAGGUUUAAAAUAAAACAAAAAUUAAAUGAAUUAUAUCAAAAUUUAAAAGAAGUUAAUGAUAAAAAUAAAGAAAAUAAAGAUAUAACCGGUGAAGUUGAUGAUGAAUAUAAAGAUGUUAUAAUACCUGAAAAUCAAUUUGAAAAUUUAAAUGAUAAAGAAUGUGAAGAAAUGUUGAAAAAAAUUGAAGUAAAAGAAAUUGAAACAAAAUAUAAUACUGAAUUAUUAAAUUUUAAAUCAAAAGAAGAAGAACAAAAAGAAAUAUUAAUUUCAAAAUUACAAAACCUUAAAAAUUAUGAAACUUCAAUAAUUGAUUCAAAAUUAGAAUCAAUUGAAAAAUUGAAAAACAUUGAGAAAAAUGAUUUAUAUAAUCGUAAUUAUAAUGAAUAUUUAAAACAAAGACAAAUUAAAAGAUUAUAUGAAUUAGAAAAAGACGAAGAAGAUCAAAAAUUAGAAGAAGAAGAAUUAAAAGCUAAUGACAGUAAAGCUUCUAAUAUUGAAAUUGAUCAAAUUGAGGAACCACAGACUAAGAAAUCAAAAUCAUCAACAUCAAAAUCAAAAUCAACAUUAAUAAUUAAUAACUUAUCAUCAGGUACUCAACAAAAAAUACAUCAAAAAAUAAAUGAAUUAAUUGAAGAAUAUUUAGGUAUACAAGAUGAUAUAUUAUUUAAAGUUAUAAAUGAACAUAUCAAAACUUAUAAUUUAAAUAAUAGUGAUGAAUUAAUUGAAGAAUUGAUUGAAAUUUUAGAUGAUGAUUCAAAAGUAUUAGUAAAUCAAUUAUUUAAUUAUAUAGAAUCAAUAGCAGAAUAA